UCAUCUUUGGGCCACAUGGGUACUUCCUCGUCUUCUUCCUUCUUCUUCCUCCUCCUCCUCUUCGGCUUAUCCUACUCUUACGCUGAAUUGGACAACGAGGCCUUGAAACAACAGCAGGCCGACCGUGUGGUUCGACUCCCCGGCCAGCCGCCGGUUGACUUCCACCAGUACGCUGGCUACGUCACUGUCAACGAAAGCCACGGGCGGGCCCUCUUCUACUGGUUCUUCGAGGCCACCCACGACGUCGAGAAGAAGCCGCUUCUCCUUUGGCUCAACGGAGGACCUGGUUGUUCUUCCAUUGGGUACGGAGAGGCAGAGGAGUUGGGGCCUUUUCUGAUGCAAAAGGGGAAGCCAGAGCUCAAGUUCAACAAGCAUUCCUGGAACAAAGAGGCCAAUCUGCUGUUUCUCGAGUCUCCGGUGGGCGUGGGAUUUUCUUACACAAACACCAGUUCUGACUUGAGCUCACUCGGGGAUAAGAUCACCGCUGAAGACUCGUACAUUUUUCUGCUCAACUGGUUCAAGAGGUUCCCGCAGUUCAAAUCCCAUGACUUCUACAUCGCUGGAGAAAGCUAUGCAGGGCAUUAUGUACCUCAACUUUCCGAGAAAAUAUUCGACGAAAACAAAAAAGCUUCCAAGGAGAAUUACAUCAACUUCAAGGGUUUCAUAAUUGGAAAUGCGUUGAUGGAUGAUGAUACUGAUCAGACCGGAAUGGUCGACUACGCAUGGGAUCAUGCUGUCAUCUCCGAUCGUGUGUACCAUGAUGUCAAGAAGAGCUGCAAUUUUAGUGAAGAGAAUGUCACCAAGGCAUGCGAUGAUGCGUUAGAAGAGUACUUUGCAGUGUACGAUAUCAUCGAUAUGUACAGCUUGUAUGCCCCUGUUUGUGUCCGACCGAACACAUCCAUGUCUUGGAGCGAAAGGUCAUACUUCGUCGAAGGCGCCUCCCCCAAGCUGUUCUCCAAAUAUAGCGGAUGGCAUCAGAAACCGGCAGGUUAUGAUCCUUGUGUCUCGCUCUACAGCGAGGUGUACUUUAACCGAGAAGACGUUCAAGAAGCUCUUCAUGCCAAUGUCACCAAGCUUGGUUACAAUUGGACUCACUGCAGCAGUGAUGUGAUUACCCGUUGGAAUGAUGCACCGGCCUCUGUUCUCCCAGUCAUCCGCAAGCUCAUCCAUGGCGGCAUCAGGGUGUGGGUCUUCAGCGGUGAUACGGAUGGAAGAAUUCCAGUCACCUCCACGAGAUACACGCUGCACAAGCUUGGCCUGAAAACAACUCGAGAGUGGACGCCAUGGUACGACCACAAGCAGGUCGGUGGGUGGACGAUCAUCUUCGACGGGCUCACCUUCGUCACGGUGAGGGGCGCAGGUCAUCAAGUCCCCACGUUUGCUCCCAGGCAGGCUCGACAGCUCAUUCAUCAUUUCUUGGAUGACCAGGAAUUGCCUUCUUCCCCGUUCUAGCAUAUCCCACCAGGCUUGUCUCGGUCCCCAGCCGUCGUAGUUUCCUCUGCAAGUUCCAUUUUGGAAUCAGGUGUAAGCCCAGAUUCCAAUAGAGAAGAAGUUGGAUGAAGGUUCAAUCAUUCAUCAAGCAAGAUUCUUCAAUUGUUAAUCCACAGUAGAAGAAAAAUUAUGUAAAGACGGUUUAAUAAAAUAAAGCAUAGUGCAGGCUGUCUAAUGCUGGUGGCAAGUAAUGAUUGAUUAUAUCCAAUCUACCAAGGAUAAAAUUCUCUGUGGGACAGUGUGUAUGCUAAAAGAAGAUUCAUCUCUUUCAGAAUCA